UUUAACAGCAAAACAGGAAAUGCUGCUUCACUGCUGUCUCCGUAAUGAUUGUUUUACAAUACUCUGAACGAAGAUACACUACCAUAAACACUAGUAUUUUACGACUGUAUAUUUAGGUACACACAAUAUCUCCAGUUGUAUAAUUAGGUACAUUUUAAACGUCCCGUCCUAGCGAGAUACAGAUUGGUCUCCACGAAACUAUUUACUGGGUAAACCAGUUCAUCUGCCUCGUAGCUAAGAUGAUGAGUGUAUGGUGCAUGGGUGCCCGCCUGGGGGUCUUGGCUAUAGCACUCUGCUGCACACUGGCACCAAUACCUACACAUGCCUACAUUUAUGCUCAUUAUAGCAAUAUGACCACCAUGUUGUUUGAGGACCUGCCCGCCUUGUUUGGAUCGGAGCUGCCCAACGAGGGACUAAUGGGUUUGCUGGUGGAAUCACGCCCACUCAAUGGGUGCACACCCAUACAGCCCCCACCACCUCUGCCUUCACCCAGCGAUGCUAAUGCCACUAAAUUUAUUGUGCUCAUCCGACGCUAUGACUGCAAUUUUGACAUCAAGGUCCUGCAUGCUCAGCAAGCUGGAUUUAGUGCAGCGAUCGUUCACAACAUGUACGCUGACACUUUGCUGAACAUGGGCUACAGCAAUGACACAAUAGCGGAGGAGAUCGAGAUACCUUCAGUGUUCACCAGCUACUAUGCCUCCCAAAUUCUGAGGAAUUUUAUUAUUCCUGAGCGAGGGGCAUAUGUGAUCCUCAAGCCUGAGUUCGCCUUUCCCCUCUCCUACUACCUCAUCCCCUUCACUGGAGUGGUGGGCAUGAUCAUCCUUGUGAUGGUUGUAAUCAUGAUCGUCCGUUGCGUGCAGUACAGAAAGCGGAUGAGGAAGAAUAGACUGACCAAGGAGCAGCUGAAGAAGAUUCCCAUUCACAAGUUCAGUAAAGGGGAUGAAUAUGAUGUAUGUGCAAUUUGUCUGGACGAGUAUGAAGAGGGCGACAAACUCCGAGUGUUACCUUGUUCACACGCAUAUCACUGCAAGUGUGUGGACCCCUGGCUCACACUGACUAAGAAGACUUGCCCGGUGUGCAAACAGCGUGUCACCCGACCCAACCCAGAGUACUCCGAGUCUGAAUCCGAGGAAGAGGGGGUCAGAGGGGGAGGAGGGGAGGAGGGAGCCGAGGGGGAGGCCGACACCGAACGCACCCCCCUGCUCCGCUCCGCUAACCCGGGGUCUCCCACCGGCAGCCCGGGGGCCUACUCGGCCACUGUGGUCACGGUAACCACCGCCCAGUGCCUCGGCACCCCUCCCCUCUGUGACUCCCCAGUCCUGGGCUAUGAGGGCUACUACUCCCCUGAGGAAGACUCUGACUCUGAUGCCGGUGAAGGGGGAGAGGACCCUCCCCCUUCCGAUGAUGACACUGCUCAGCUCAUUGGGAGCGGGCCUGUGGGCGUGUGAUCUCGUGUUGACGAUUGAUUAAAUCUGUAUGAGCUGGAAAAGGUCAGUCUGUCGCCAAGGUGUGUGGUUUUUAUUUUUAUUUUUUAACCACACUAAAGAUUUUAAAUGGUUUAUGAAGUCUGGACUGUAACAUUGUCUGUCAUAGACUGUAGACUUUAAAACACUCGUCACUUUGGUUAUUAUUGAAGAUUUUUUUUAAUUUGGUGUGUGUGUUCUACCACACCAAGUUAGAAAUUACACUUUGCUUAUUCAUAGUUUAAUAUAGAACUAUGUUCUGUUACUUCUUUUAAAAGUUUUUACUUGUUUUAAUGUUCUGUUGAAUUAACAAAGUUAAUUCAAAUGGGUUAUCAGUUCAGCCAAUGUACUGUAAACCCAGCUUGGACAGGCCCAACCUUUAAACUACAGGGCCCAGAUUUGCACAAAAUCAUUGGACUGCCAACUUGAGUUUAAAAGUUCAUUGUAAUAUACUAAAUACUGUUAAUGAUUUAUUAAUCUUCCUCUAAUUUAUUGAUAUUCAAGUCAAUUUCAGGGGUCGCAGUUUAACUGAAUGUUAUGGUUACAUUCAUGGAAUAGGUGUUGAAUUCAAAUGUCCUUGAUGAUACAGAAUUGUAGGGUCUACAGUUUAAUUCAUUGUAAUUCAAAGAAAUGCAACUCCAGUCAUAAUGCAAAUUAUUGGAUGAAUCCAAACAUAAUACAACGUUUUUGAUAAAUCAUGCAUCCUAUGCUUACAAAAAGACAGUCCUGAUACCCAUACCUGAUACAAAAUCCACUUGGAUGUUUGUGUUUCCUUAGAUUGCCCAGAACUGCAUUUUAGGGACAUUGAUGAUAUCAAACAACAUGCAGAUAAGUUAAUUGCACUGAAUUUGAAGUUAAAUACAAUUUAAUAAUAAAAUAUUCAAAACGAAUAUUUGUCCCUUCAAAUUAAGAAUAGACCCCAACCCUGAUAUGAGUGUUGCAUUACUCGGUGAUGGCCUUUAUGGAAGUCAAGAUUGUAAAGGGGCCAUAAACAGUUUUAAGGGAAAUUACAGAACUGUCAUACUGUCUGUUGGUCCCUUUAUACUAUAGGGGUUCUGGAACACAUGUUCUUAGUUACAUGUUUUUCUCUUUGGGUUUUGUUCUUUAGUGUUGUCGGUAACUAGAGGGAUAUUAAGUUUAACGUGAUGUUUUAAUGUAUCUGAUUUAUAGGCUACUCUUAAUGAUUAAUCAGUGAGAUAAGAAACAUUGUCUCUAAUAAAAUGUUUGCUUUUUAUCUUUAUAAUAAUUAUAUUUACAACCCUUGGUAUGGUAGUUUCAUUACCAUGCAGAAAUACCAAUAACAUGGUAUUUGGCAAACGUUUUGCACCAAUCUCUAUAGGUUGGUCACAUUUGUGCUCAAACUUGCCUUUAUUUGACUGUUCAACCAAGGUCUGCUAUUGGGAAGUUCUGUUGUGUAUCUGUGUAUGUUAAGGGACCCUCAUUCAUUUAACACACCAUUUUCUAUUGCUGGUUUAGACAUGAAGACAUUAAGACCUCUGUAGAGAUUAUAAAUGUGCAAUGUGUGUCCUGUGUAUUUUCUUGUACCCAUACUUCAAAAUACACUCCAUAUAGCUUUUUCGAUUUCAGUGAAUAGAGAGAUUAGAGGAAGGCAACUAAUAUCCUUAUAUCUCUAUCUGUUAUAUGAAUUGUUGUAUACAUUUUUUAUAACUUUCGGUUUACAUCUUAAGAAAACAAUGUAUCUAUUUGUCAACCCAUAAUAUGUAGGAAUCAAUGUGUAUGCUUUUUGAUUAGAGUGUGCCUAAUUUCAGUCAUAAUUAAUUUUGAACUAAAUUACUUCAAUGUGCAUAUACCAAACUUGAGGUGUAAGUGAUUCCAAUUUAAUGGGGCUUGAAGUCAAUCAUGUAUGUAUUGAAGAACUUUUGUAUGUCUAGAUGUUUAUUAAAACACAAAGACUAGUA